GUAAACCCCAUCUCAGGGUUCUCUAGAGACACAGCCCAAAGGCAGUGAAGCAGACUUCUAGGCCUAAUUAGAUGCCAGGGCCAAUCAAAGGAAGCUAAUCAGGGACUAGCAGAGCCCCCUGAAAGACCACAUCAGGGACUGGUGAUCUCACCAUUAUCACCUGACGCUGCACAGACUGGCCUAGUGCCUGUGGGGAGGGUCAGUGAGAUGAUUAUCAGACAAACUCUGUGUCUGUCCCUCCAUCUCCUCAUCCUCUUCUCCCAGGUUCUGGCUGCAGAGGGAAAGGUUUGCCCCGUAGUUAAGGUGCUAAGUUAGCCUGAACAGAUCCUGGUUUUGCUCUGUGUGAAGUCAGACACACAGUUCUGUCAGCUCAUCAGGACAAGGGGAAGCUGAUGUCCAUGUGAAGCCCCAGUGACCCCCACACACCAGCAGAGGGGGCUGAUUGCAGGAUCAGAGCCUUGUUGGGACGUUUCUCACCAAAGCCUCCAGGGCUGGAACAUUACUGGUGAUCUGGCUCCAGCUCAGCAAACAGCCUGUCAGUUCCAGGAAGGGAAACACCCAAUUGCUGCUGCUGCAGGCCGGACAUAGUUCAUAGUUCAGGAAAGUGAAACUAACCCUGUGACACUGUCCAGAGGGAGCCAUGGCCACAGACAACCCCAUGGAAAGUCUCCAGGAGGAAGCUACAUGCCCCAUCUGUCUGGAGUAUUUUAAGGACCCGGUGAUUAUAGAUUGUGGGCACAAUUUCUGCCGAGUCUGCAUCGCCCAGUGCUGGGCGAGACCAGAUACAGACGUCUCCUGCCCUCAGUGCAGAGAAACUGUGCAACAAGGAAACCUCAGGCCGAUCAGACGGCUGGCAAAUGUUGUAGAAAUAGUCAAACGACUGAGUUUACAAGCAGCAAAGGGAGCAGGAGAGGAGAGGGUGUGUGGGGAACACCAGGAGACUCUGAAACUGUUCUGUGAAGAGGAUCAAACUUCUGUCUGUGUGGUUUGCUAUCUGUCCCGGGCUCACAGACAUCACAGGGUGAUUCCCAUAAAGGAGGCUGCCCAGGAGUACAAGGUGAAACUCCAGGGAGCCCUGGGCCCUCUGAGGAAGGAGCUGGAAGAGGCCCUGGCUCUGAUGUCUGCAGAGGAGGAGGAGAUCACAGAGUGGCAGGGGAAAGUGAAGAACAAGAGAGAGAUGAUUGCAGGUGAAUUUAACAAACUGCACACACUGCUGAGGGAGGAGGAGCAGCUGCUUCUGCAGAGACUGGAGGAGGAGGAGAAGGAGACUCUGCAGAGACUACAGGAAAAUGUCACCAAACUCUCCCAGCAAAGCUCCUCUUUGCAGCAGCUGAUCAUAGAGAUCGAGGAGAAGUAUCAGCAACCAGUUGUGGAGCUUCUAAAGGAUGUGAAAAGUACAUUGAGCAGGAGUGAGAAUGUGAAACUCCAGGAACCAGAAGCUGUUUCUACUGACCUGAAGAACGUGUAUAACAUUUCCCUUGACAUGAGGGAAGCGCUGAAGAGAUUCGGAGUGGACGUGACUCUGGAUCCAGACACGGCUCAUCCCAGACUUGUCUUGUCUGAGGAUCGGAAACAUGCAGCGCAUCCCUGCAGGGAGCAGCAUCAGACCCUGCAGUGUGAGAAGCAGCUCUACAGGAGUUAG